AUGCAUCAACCGCCACCUGACGCUGCCUACAACGCACCCCGAAUCAAUGUAGAUGGCGCCCACCUGCAAGUCAUGAACCACUUCAUCUACCUGGGCAGCACCCUCUCCCGCAGCACCAAAAUGGACGAUGAAGUGACUCUUCGAAUUUUCAAACCCAGUGAAGCUUUCAGCCGCCUGCAAAACAGUCUGGAACCGUCAUGAUCUCCACCUUAACACAAAACAGAAAAUGUACAAGCCGGUCAUACUGCCGACGCUGUAUAGAGGGGAGAACUGAACGGUAUACAAGAAGCGGGCGCGCAGACUCAAUCAUUUCCACCUCAGCUGUCUUCGAUGGAUACUGAAGCGGAGAUUACAAGACCGGAACCCGGACAUGGGUUUUAUGGAGCGAAUAGGAAUCCUCAGCAUGAAAGCCAUGCUGUGACAACUGCGGUUGUGUUGGAGCGGCCAUCUCGUGCGGAUGGACGACGAGCGUCUACCCAAAUGACUCUUCCGCAGAGAUGUCGCCACGGGUCUCUGUCGAAAAGGAGGCCAGGUCCGUCGAUACAGGGACACUCUGAAGACUUUCCCGAAGCGUCUGCAGAUCAACCCGGCCAACUGGGCAGACCUCACUCGAGACCGACCAACAAGAAGGAGGACAUCGAGGACAGGCGCAGCAGUCUGCGAAGCCAACUGCAUCACUGCUGCCAGAGCCAAACGUAAGGCUCGCAUAACCUUACUGCCCCAACCUUGUAAUGUGGACGCACAACCGUCUUCAACGUGUCCACGGUGUCAACGGACAUUCCGGGCGCCAAAUGGACUUGGUAGACACCUUUUGAGCAAUUGCAGCGCACGAUUUAAACCGACCGUCGUCUCUCCGUCCACCUUUACCUCACCUCCUACGCCGUCAAAUAACACUGGCCGCCACCGAACCCCCACUUCCAUCCUUCUUCUCCUGCUCCUGCUCCUCCUGCUCCUCCUCUUCCCCCUCCUCCUCCUCCUCCUACUCCUCUCCCCACCCACCCUCCUCCACUGCCUCAACGUCUGCCGUUGUGGCGUCUGCCACGCACAUCAACAUUACACACAACCCUGACAUACUAACAAACACCAGCGUCACUACCGUCGACACCAGAGGUGAGGACCUGGUCUGUGCCGGUCCUCAUUGCGACCGUACUUUCGCCUCACGCAUCGGCCUGGUCGGUCGCUUGUGAAUCAAUCGAACAGAGACUGGUGAACCCGUGCCUGGAACACCAACCUACGCUCGCCGCAAUCGCCUCCACUGCCCACACUGCUCGCAUGCACAGCAUGGGCUUAUUCGGCCACAUACGAAUCUACGAGAACAUGCGGUAGAAACCGCCGACUGCGCCACAUCAUCACAUCCUCCUCACCAGCGCCCCAUCGCACAUCAACAUCACCCACUGAAAGCACAUUAAUGCCACCUCCUGUGCAAGUAGGAAGUGUGCGUUUUGACUCCGUCUGCAUGCGGCUCCCCAGCUGCAUGUGUGACUUGAGUCUGGGAAUAUUACGGCGCGUCAAGCGCCGUGGCUUGGAACUCCGCUGACUGACGCCCCAACUCAGUCCACGCAGUCCAUCCAGUUGUUUAUGUGUUCAUGUGUUGAGUGGCGGACUGGUGGGCUGAGGGUCAAGUUGAAGCGACCCCCUGUUAACGUGACUUACGGCACUCUCACGCAUGUGAGGUGUACGCCGCUCAACCCCCGUCGUAUGAAAUUCUGAUGCUCGUGUUUGGGGGCCAGGUCGUGCGUGUGACGCGAGCAGACAAGGCAACUAGAUAUGUCAGCCGCCGCGCCCAUUCCCCGCACCUGUCUACUGACCGGCUCAGACAGUGGAUGGGGCCUGGGAUUGGGAUGGGCGAGUAAGGUCGACGAUUCAGCGCAUUUUCCCUACUACAAAAAACCUGACGAACUUGAAGCUAUCACGGUGCGCUAAAAGCCGUGACUUGGAAGGUUGCCAACUGACGGGAUAACUUGGAUUUCGCAGUCAGCCCGGUUUUGUGUGCGUGUGUGUGUGUUGGCCCCAAAACAGGCCACGUAUGAGAUGCGCUGGAUCAACACGGGGGCCACAUCGAAUUCUGCCAGACGUUAUCCGUGCGCAAUAACAAAUGCCAACAUCUACGGGGUGCACGGUCAGACCCUGUUGUCGGCAGUCGUCGCACAAUCUGGGACCACUGCCACUCCCCCCAUUGUUCUGUCGGCCAAAAUCCUGGUCAUUUGUUGUGUGGACAUGGGAGCGCGAAGUGGAGCGUCAAGGCGAGGAUCCGUCUAAGCCAUCCACCUGCGGCCUCCCUCGUGUCCGGUCUUCUUGACUCUGUCUUAACACCGGACUCAGGAGGAGAAGGAGGAGAAGGAGGAGAAGGAGGAGGAGGAGGAGGAGGAGGAGGAGGAGAAAGUGUAG